GAGAAGGGAGGAUUUCUACGAAGUCUUUUUGGAGGAAACGCCGCCAGAAGCCACUUCCUGCCAACUUGCGGGGCAGCGCGCCUCGAGCCCCGAACUUUCCCCGCGCCGCCUCGGACUCCGCGCGGCAGGAGCGCUUCUCUUUCGGGACCGCGCCAAACGGUUUUUAAAUAAAACAUAUUUUCUUGAUUUUGAAGAUUUAAAAAAUGGAAACAUUUCAUUUUUGGAUAAUCUUGGCACUUUUUGUAACUGGAUCUGUCAUCAGUGAAGGUUUGGAAAGAGACUUUUCCAGCCUGAAUGAUUCUGGAACCUCUGCCACAAAAUUGGAAGAUAAAUUAAUUACUCUUGCCCAUCAGCCCAACACUAACAACAGUCGCUGUGCAAGGCGUCCCACAAUAGCUAGUACUUUAAAACAUAUCAAUACAGUAAUUUCUUGUGCAGUAUUCAUCAUUGGGCUUGUUGGAAAUGCAACUCUCCUGCGGAUAAUCUACCAGAACAAAUGUAUGAGGAAUGGACCUAAUGCAUUGAUAGCCAGUCUGGCCUUGGGAGAUCUCAUCUACAUCAUCAUAGAUAUUCCUAUCCACGUAUAUAAGUUUUACAUUGACGUAAAACAUUGGUGGCUCUUUGGUUUCUACUUCUGUAUGCCACUUGCCUGCACGGCCUUCUUUUAUACCCUGAUGACGUGUGAAAUGUUGAACAGGAGGAAGAGUAAUUUGAGAAUUGCUCUCAGUGAACAUCUUAAGCAGCGCCGAGAAGUUGCUAAAACAGUUUUCUGUUUAGUUGUGAUUUUUGCUCUUUGCUGGUUUCCUAGGCAUCUAAGCCAAAUACUGAGAAAAACAAUGCAAGACCCACAGGACCCCAAGAGAUGUGAAUUCUACAGCUUUUUUUUGGCUUUCGAUUAUAUCAGCAUUAAUCUAGCAACCAUCAAUUCCUGCAUAAAUCCUAUAGCACUCUACUUUGUGAGCAAGAAGUUCAAAAACUGCUUCCAGUCAUGCCUCUGCUGUAUUUGUCAUCGGACAGGAAGUCAGAUAUCCUCUGUCCCCAUGAAUGGGACCAGCAUUCAGUGGAAAACUAAUGAACUGAAUAACCACAAUACAGAACGGAGCAUCCACAAAGACAGCUUAAAUUGAGAUUCAGCGAAGACUGUGCUUCUGAAUCUAAGGAAAAGACAACAAAUACAAUAUCUACGAUUGAACCAACUUAUUUAUUUGGAAGCUCUGUGCUCUAGCACUUAAUUCCAGAGAUAAGCAGAAAGAACAGAUGUGCAUAAAAGGAUUCCAAAUGGUUCUUUUUCUUAUAAAGAAAUUCACUUUUGGCAGAAACUAGAAGAAUCGGCUGGGAACUCUGCAAAGUGUUCACAGAUUUCAGCCAGAACAUCUAGCUGUAUGUUAUGUUGCAUAUUCUGAUAUAUCAUUUUAAUUUUAAAUGAAUUAUCUUGAAUGUCAAGAAUUGUCAAGAAAACAUGGGACCUGUAUCUAUAAUAACAGCAUUCUUUUGUCAGAAAAUAUUUUAGUUAAUCUAUAGGUAAUCCUCAAUUUAUAACUAUAAUAGGGACUGGAAAAUUUGUUAAGUGCUGCUUUCACUAAGGAAAGCAUCACAUGUCGCCAUCCAAUUUACCACCAUUUUCACAUGGUCAAUGUGAAUCACCAUGGUUAUCAAGCAAGAUAUUACCAGACUGUGGCUUGAGACCUACCAUGUCGGCUUCCUCACUGACUUCGUUUGUUAGAAACAAACUGCUGGGAAAGUUGCAAAUGGUGACCAUGUGAUGGCAGGAUGUUGCAACCAUCAUAAACAUGCAAUAAUUAGCAAGCACCUCAAUCAUAAACAUGUGACUGCAGAGAAGUUGUGACUAUUGUAAAUGAGAGA